AUGAUCAAGAAGAUAUACGGAUUCAGCUCAAGCGGAGAAACAAGACUGAAGAGGACGUAUGAAAGCUCACUUUCUGAUGAGGAUAUCAAAGAGAUUGUUUUAAGUCAUGUAGAAAAAAACAUUGUGGAUGGCAAGCAAAUGGUUGUUUUCAACAGAUUCGGCGACAUAUUCAUUGCAUUUGUCGCUGAAAAUGAAAAUGGAAUGUACGUACUUUCUCUGAUAAACAACCUCAUGUCGAUUUACGACAGAUUUUUCAGCAAAGUGUGUGAACUCCACUUCAUCUACAACUUCAAAGAGACGCACCUGAUCCUUGACAACUACAUCGUAAAUGGAAAAUGUAUUUCCAGUGAUGCUUUUGAGGUAAUUAAGCAAGUUGAAUGCAUGAGAUAG